AUGAGUGCGGUUGAUGAAAGGACCAUUUAUGCAAAACUGGAAGCGAUGAAAGAUAUACGCACAAAAACGCUGCAACUGGAGAAGCUGAAGUUGAAAAUUGUACGUGAGGUGGAAAACGGCGAUGCUGAGGAAAAAUGUUUGUCGGAGUAUCGACGUGAGCUUGAACUUCUCAUGCAGGAAAAAAUGAGCCAUGUGGAGGAACUUCGUCAAAUUCAUGCGGACAUAAAUGCGAUGGAAACGGUCAUCAAGCAGGCAGAAGAAAAUCGCAUCCGCUCGAUUAAUAUGGCUAAUCGCAUUCAUGAAGAAUACGUUCCUCUGAAAACGGAAGUAGAUUCGAUGCGUCGAGAUUAUUUGGGUCUGGAAAGAUUGCCGGAACUCCACGAAGAAGAAGGGACGAUUAUUUCCUCAGAUCGCUUCCAGAACUAUUACGCCACCAACAAACCGAUGUCGACACCGUCGGCAACCUUUUCCCGACCGCCGUUAUCCGCGCAUCAUCCUCUUCCUCCAGAUGCACCGGCAACCUCUUUGCCACCUUCAGCCCCACCUGGGUUUCUUCCUCCACCGCCGGUAGCAAUGCGCAUAAAUAAACCUCCAGAAUUGCCUACGAACCGACUGCAACAGGCCCCAUCAACGAUUGGCAUCGGACAUCCGACAUUCAGGUCUGAUUUCAAUGUGAAUUUAAGCAGACAGCAGCCUCCACCGAUGAAAUCGUGUCUAUCGUGCCAUCAACAAAUUCAUCGUAAUGCACCCAUUUGUCCACUGUGCAAGGCCAAAAGUCGCUCUCGCAACCCGAAAAAACCAAAAAAGAAAGACCAUUAACUUUCAUAGUAUUGAUCGGCAUUGGCCAGGAUUUGACGAUCAUUCAUUUAGCUUUCAUCCACACUUUUCGUACGUUGAAGGACUUAUAUUUAUUGCGCUGCGUGGUUUGUUUGUAACAACCUGCAUUUAUUUGGCCAUAAAGUUUAAGAAAACAUUUUAACUUUUCUAGUUUGGUAGUUUGAUAAUAAGGGUAUGAUAAAAUAGAAUGCAAAGGAAACAAGAAUAGCUAAACAUUUUUCGUCGAGAUACUUGUUGGUUUCUAAUUCGUGAAAACAGAACU